CUUUUUUUUGUUUUUUUCAUCCGCAUCAUGAGCUUUGAAUCCAGGUCUAUUCUUUGCAGGAUUCACCGGGGCUGUUUCUCAAGACUGUUCGGGUAUGUUGCAGCGCGGCACGCGGGCAAAUAACUGUUUUUAUUGACGUUAAAUGACUUUUUGAUCUGAUAGAUUUGCAGCAAAAGACGCGUGAAGGACUUCACACAAUCACCUGUCCUGCUUUAGUGUGUGUUAGGUUUCUGCAAAUGGGGGGCUCCCUCCCUACCCCCCCACUCCUACUUGGGCUUGAAGCCCCACCAACUGUGUGGAAACUGAAGGUCAAAUAUUGACCCAUCAUCAGCUGGAGGACUCCUUCAACAGCAAAGCACAAGAACAUCAACAAGAACAACAAAAACAGCCCCUAUUGCCCAACAUGCUUUCCUGAUGAUGAUCCAGCCUUUUUUUUUUUUUUUUUACUGCACAUGCUCCUGACCCAGCCUGUCAGGUUGACCAUUAACCUCAAACACUGAUUGCAAACACCUCUGCUUUCGGCAGCCGUUGCUUCACAGCCACAUCCAGAAGCAAAGUUCAGUGUCAGAGGAAGUCCGGGACUGUCUAGAGGCCGGAGGCUCUGUCCUGAGAGGAGCUGCAGCCAUGGCCAAAGCCAGCUAUGGAUACUACAGAAGCACUAUAUUUCUUGCCAUGUUUGUGGGCUACACGCUGUACUACUUCAGCAGAAAGACUUUCUCCUUUGUGAUGCCUUCUGUCAUGCAAGAAGUGAAGCUGGAUAAGGAUGAUUUGGGCUUGAUCACCAGCAGUCAGUCUUUGGCCUACGCUAUCAGCAAGUUCAUCAGCGGCGUGCUGUCAGACCGCAUCAGCGCCCGCUGGCUCUUCUCCAUUGGUCUGUUCGUGGUGGGAGGCAUCAACGUGGUCUUCUCUUGGUCGUCCACGGUGGCCGUCUUCUCCGCCCUGUGGUUCUUCAACGGCCUCGGCCAGGGUUUGGGAUGGCCUCCCUGUGGGCGGAUCCUGCGCAAGUGGUUCGAGCCCUCCCAGUUCGGGACGUGGUGGGCCGUUCUCUCCUGCAGCAUGAAUCUGGCCGGCAGCUUGGGCCCGAUCAUCGCCACGGUGCUGGCAGAGAGCUACAGCUGGAGGGCCAUCAUGUGGGCGUCGGGGAUGACCUGCGUGGCCCUCUCCGUUGUGUGUCUGCUGGUGAUCAAGAACGAGCCAAAGGACGUCGGGCUGCCGAACAUCGAGGCAGCGGCCGAGAAGAGCAAAGGAGGCUCCUCCAGCGAUGGAAGCACCCUGUCCGAGUUCCUGCUGUCGCCGUACCUCUGGGUGCUCUCCACGUCUUACCUGGUGGUAUUCGGGGUGAAGACGGCCUGCACCGACUGGGGCCAGCUCUUUCUCAUUCAGGACAAGGGCCAGUCCACACUCAUGGGCAGCUCCUACAUGAGCGCCCUGGAGGUCGGAGGCCUGGUGGGCAGCCUGGCAGCCGGUUAUUUCUCGGACAAAGCAGUCGCCAAACAAGGGCAGAGACUCUACGGAAACCCUCGCCACUUCCUCCUGAUCUGCAUGAUGGCUGGCAUGUAUGUGUCCAUGUACCUGUUCAGAGUCACCGUUACUCCCGACAGCUCCAAGGUGUGGAUCCUGAGCCUGGGUGCUGCUUUCGGCUUCUCCUCCUACGGUCCAGUCGCGCUGUUUGGAGUCAUAGCCAUUGAGAGCGCCCCAUCGAACUUCACUGGAACAUCACACGCCAUCGUUGCCCUGAUGGCCAACGUUGGUGGCUUCCUCUCUGGGUUGCCCUUCAGCACCAUAGCCAAGCACUACGGCUGGGAAACGGCCUUCUGGGUGGCAGAGGUCAUCUGUCUGAUCAGCGGCGUUGGAUUCUUCCUGCUGCGCAACAUCCAGACCAGGAUGGGACGCGUGGCCAAGAAAGCCGACUAACGCCACCUCACUGCAGCCCGCAUCCAGAGGAAAACGCCUCUUCUCUUUUUAAACACUUCAGUAUUUUUAAUGACUGCACAUUCUGGGCCACAAACGCAACAAAAGCAGGAUUUUUUCCUCGUCUCAGAAGAAAUGUUUAUAAAUGUUGUAGCAAAUAAUUAUAAAUGCAAA